GGUGAGAAAGGCUCGCGAGCGAGUGAGGAGUGCUAAGACUCGGCGCUGCGCUUUGUUGUGCGUAAACACGGCGCGGCGAUUUAUAUGGGAGAUCCUCUCUGGCCGGGCCCCGUUCACACCGCCUCGCCUCGCCCCGAUCUUUCCCCACCCCCCCCCCCCCCCUUUGUUAUGGCGGAAACUCCGAAAAGGAGAUGACUAAUUAUGACUUUGUUGGAGUCGUCAUGGGAACCAGCACUGCGGGAUAUUUCUAGCUGUUGCGCUUUUUUUCUGGCCCGAUCACUGCUGCUGCUGCUGCUGGCUGGCUGCUGCUGCUGGCUGGCUGCUGCUACAGACGUGACUCCAAGGAGGCAUUGGCGUGUGGCGGAGGCGAGAGACGUGAGAGGAGCGAGAAAGGCCAGGGAGGAGACCGAGGAGCGCCUUCCCCAUCAUCAUUAAGCCCAGCCCUGACGCAAUUAUCGCCGCUAGCGUAGGCUCAGUGACAGCGCGCCGCGAGUGUGACCGCACGCACGAUCGCUCCCCCCCCCCCACCACCGCCUCGUCUCGUCCUAUCAUUCCCUUUUCGGUUCAACUUUGAACAAUCUGUUUGUUGAGUUCUCGAUUUCUUGCCUCGACCUCGAGUCUCUCCAAACCGCGAGCCGAACUCGUGAGUCAAACGAAGCGUAAAGCAAAUACGCAGAAGAAGAAAACAACAACAACAAGGCGCGCUGGUCGAGGAGUGGCGCGAGAGGAACGAGCGAGGAGGGAUCCGUGGCGACGGAGCAAGGUGGGCGGGAGAGAAGCGCGCGGCUGGGAGAGAGUCGAGUUUGCUGGAGACACGGAAGUCGAGGUGACCUGGCCUCCCGUGCCGGGAGAGCGGAGAGAGAUGGAUGCUCGCUGCCGCCGCAGUCAAGUGUGCGCGCUCCUGCCGCCACUGCUGCUGCUGCUGCUGAUGAUGCCACUGCCCAUGGUUCGUCCAGGCCACGCUGCCUACCCGCUCUGGUGGUCGUUGGGGGUCGGGCCUCAGUGGGCGUCGCUGGGCUCUCAGCCCGUGCUCUGCGCCUCCAUCCCGGGCCUCGUGCCCAAGCAGCUGCGCUUCUGCAGGAACUACCAGGAGCUGAUGCCCAGCGUGGCCGAGGGCGUCCGUCUCGGCAUCCAGGAGUGCCAGCACCAGUUCCGCGGGCGGCGGUGGAACUGCACCACCAUGACCGAGGGCCCGGCGAUCUUCGGGCCCGUGCUGGAGAGGGCCACGCGCGAGGCGUCCUUCGUGCACGCCGUCUCGUCCGCGGGCGUCGGCUUCGCGGUGACGCGGGCGUGCGCCGACGGGACGUCCACCAUCUGCGGCUGUGACAACAAACACCGGGGCGAGCCGAGCGGCGGCUGGAAGUGGGGCGGCUGCAGCGAGGACGCCGACUUUGGCGUCAUGGUGUCGCGCGAGUUCGCUGACGCGCGCGAGAACCGCCCCGAUGCGCGCUCCGCCAUGAACCGGCACAACAACGAGGCCGGCCGCGUCUCUAUCCUGGACUUCAUGCAGCGCAAGUGCAAGUGCCACGGGCUGUCGGGCAGCUGCGAGGUGAAGACGUGCUGGUGGGCGCAGCCCAGCUUCCGCACGGUGGGCGACCACCUCAAGGACAAGUACGACAGCGCCUCCGAGAUGCUGGUGGAGCGGCACCGCGAGUCGCGCGGCUGGGUCGAGACGCUGCGGCCCAAGUACCCGCUCUUCAAGCCGCCGGCGGAGCGCGACCUCGUCUACUACGAGACGUCGCCCAACUUCUGCGAGCCAAGCGUCGAGACGGGCUCGCUGGGCACCCACGGCCGGCCCUGCAACCUCACGUCGCACGGCAUCGACGGCUGCGACCUGCUGUGCUGCAGCCGCGGCUACAACACGCACACGGAGAGGCGCCGGGAGAAGUGCAAGUGCGUCUUCCACUGGUGCUGCUACGUGAGCUGCCAGGAGUGCGCGCGCGUCUACGACAUUCACACGUGCAAGUGAAGGGACCGCCGGCUCGUGAGCCCGGCCCGGCCCGCCUGUCUGCCGUGCAAGUUGUCGGUGUUGAGCGCGCUCGAGGAUUUGCAUUCAUCAGGCGUUGAAAUGCCUUAGAAACUCUGAAGCACCUUUGCAUCAGAUCUCACCGCGACCGUGCGCACGUUGCCCUGCGGCAGCCCGGCCAAAGGGGGACCUCCAGUGUACGACUCUCGUUUCUUUUAGUUUGUUCGUGAACUUAAAAAAAACACGCGGCGUCUUGCCUCGGAGCAGACCCCCGUCCCCUCCGUCGUUUUUGUCGAGGAGUGCGGCUCCAGGGGGGGGGGGGGGCAACCUGCCCCUGUAAAGCACGCGGCGAAUCCGCGCAUUACUGUGAAUGAGUCCAACACUGGGAUUUGACGUUCGUUUGACGAGUCUCGCGCCAGAACUAAAGAAGAUCAAAGGGAGGACACGGAGGAAAUACACGAAUAAGGGCAGCGCGAGAAGCCGGGGGCCCGAGCCAGCCGUGCCCACGAGGGCUGAGGCCGGCCGGCGGCGAUCGCGUCCGUACUGCCACCGAACUCUGUCGCCAUCGGCGGAAAUUGCCGAAUGGAUUCCGGUGCACGAGGAGAUCCGCUGCUGUUUCUGCCGCCGCCGCUCCCGUGUCAGGAUCUUUGACAAGCGUUGCUCGGCGAGCCACGCCGAGCAUGAUCACCGCUCCUACUGAGGCGCACGAGCCUUCUUCACCCGCUCGCGCACGCGCCACGCUCCGCGAACCCGACGCCGCGGCUGCAGUCGUUGUAACGACGGCGCGCACCGCGACGCUAGGCCGUGUCGAGCCGCAAUCCGUGCGACUUCGCAGCUGCUACGGUCGCCGUGACUACCCUCGCCCCCCGUGCCCCCCCCCCCCCCAUUUAACCCUCCGUGGCCAGAUUUGUUUGCGUAAACAUUUUGUUUAUUUCGCUCCCCUCCCACUCCAACCCUCGCCCCCCCCCCUUCCUCAAAAGUAACUUUUUUUUUUACAUAUAAUAUAUUUUUAUUUUAAAUACCGUUUAAUCGACAAAAAAAGUGUAAUUGGUGACAAAGUAUAUAAAUGUGAGGAUUCGUGCUUCGAGGCUAUCCUGCAGCCGAGCCGACUCGAGCGAGGGACCGCCAGGAAGCCACCGGGCGCGCUGCCCCACCGUGGCGGCCCGCUCGGACACGGCCCGUGGCCACCGGCGGGCGAGGUGUACGCGACGGGACGCGCGACCUCGCUCGAUGAGGGUAGUCAAACUGUGCCCGCCAUUAACUACCUCAACACUCGGGCCGAGGGUUUAAAAGCGCUCCGCCGCAGUGGGGCAGGCGAAAGGGGGUCACUCCGAACCCGUCUGGCUGAUCUCUAGGUACUGAGGGGGGAGGGGGGGGGGUUCAUUAAAUGUACGUGAUCUAAAUCAUUUAAAGUUAUUUAUUUAAAAGGCUGUACAUAUAUUUCCUCAUUCUUUGAAAAAUGUGUACUUAUGAAAAAAGUCAAUGUUUUUUUUUUCCCGUCUGGACAUAGCUGGUCUUAACAAUUAAAGUUUACAGUUUUGAUAACGAGGGAAUGCUUUGCUUUAUCUUGCCAUCUCUUGGUGGAUGAUGUCGAAUUUUGCCAAACCUGGACAAUGGGCGUUUCUUGGAAGUCACUUUCGCAAGCGGUCAGAUUGAGUUGCGGUACUCCUGUCAUUGGCACGGAUAGAGACGGGCAGAGAGAUGAACAGAGACAGAGAUACUAAAGAGAGGCAGAGAAGCAGAUUUAAAAUGGCCUUUAUUGAUGUGCAGGUAACAGUCCAACGAGACCGUGAGUCUCUUUACUGAGGGAGACCUGAGCCUCAAUAAGUUGCAGCAAAGCAGCGAAUUCCAAUGUGAAACAAAACAACAUCAGGAAAACACUCAAAAUAACAUUGCCAUGCAAUGCAGAAUUCGUAUUCAUGAGAGGAUGAAUCGACGUGCAACUCUUAACCAUUUACAUCAUACGGUAUAUUUUAAAUAUGUAGGUGCCUGCAUUUUUCUCUCAUUUCACAGAACAUUAUCUCGCACGGUUACCAAAUAGCCACGUUAACCAAAUAGCGACACGAAGAGCGACAACGAGAAAUUUGAAUGAGAUGGACCGGACGCUUGAACACAGCGGUACGCACCAUACCGCCCCACGUCCGCGCGUCCCAUCGCGUGUAUGGGAAGGAUUCUUUCCCAAGCGUCGCGCUGCCUUUGGAUCGCUGCCGAAGGUGAUGUCGGUCACCCAAUGGGGAGACAUCGCCAGCUGAACGCAGCCUUGCGCCUGCUCUGCCACCUUGCUGGGAGUUUUGUUGAGCUCUGUUGCAUCUGCUGCUUUUGAAUGACGUCUUUUUUUUCCCCCGGCAUCUUUUCCUCUGGCUGUCUGGUUACCUCACGAGAAGCCCACUUUGGCAUGCAGAGCACUUGACCAAAGCGCGGAGUGUGCCGGUGCAAGGCAUUAGCAAAGCAUGGAAAGGCUGAGGAAUCCAAAAGCUCAAGGAGCCCCAGAUUCAAACCAAAAACAUACACACAUAUAAGGUUUUUUAAAAGAUAUAUAUGAGCACAAAUUCUAGUCCUCGUUAAUAUAACAAGCUCAUCAACAAAUAAAGAAAACUCGUAUCUUUCAUUUAUAUCAUUACAUGCAUCUCUCGUCUCAUCUCACAUUAUGUAUGUAUUUGUCGAAAUGUAUACUUUAUCUCGCUACCUAUCUACCUCUUGUCUAUAACCUCCGCUGUCAUCUCACUGAGAUCUCAUCAAUUGAAAAUGGGGGCGGGGAGGCGGGAGGGGAGCCACCAAAAACGAUUUCUCAGGUCCCCCAAUUGGCCAGAACAACACGGUCCCUGUGGGGCUGGAGUGAGGCCAGCUCUGAGCGGUUAUCUUUGGUCGGAAUAAAGUUUGAUGCAAGACAUAUACCGAAAGACAAACCCCUCUGACUGACUGACUUACUGAUGUAAAUGAUGGCAAUGGUAAAUAACGGCUAAAGAAAUGAUAUUUUACACAUAGUUGAGGCUAUAUGUACAGCCACAAGGGCGAUGAUUUUACGCGUAGGGCAGGCUCACCAGUUAAAGUUACGUGCUAAACACUUCGAUUGCCAUCAUUAGUGAGCCCAGUAGUUCGCCUCUGGUGGAGUGGGACUACUCUAGAGCCAAGGGGGAGCGAGAAAACCCCGCUACCAGCAACGGGUAACAACUCUGCAAGCACAUCGUAAAAUUACUUCAUCAAUUGCCUUGGCAUCAUUCGUGUGUAUCGGAGGGUGCGGGGGAAGGAUAACAAACUAAACACAAAAAGCGAUUCUAAAGAAAGUAGUUUUCAAUCUAGAUUUAAAAGUGUCUCGCUCCAGUGGCUUCCUAAUAUCGGAAGGAAGAGUGUUCCAAUUAGCUCGAAAAGCGCAUAUGAUAGCACGUGAUGCAGUGACCAACUUUAUUCCAUGGUAAGCCAAAAGCCGCUGCAGGGAUGAUCGGAGUUUGCCUGAUGGUUUAUGCUCCUUGAUGAGAUCAACGAAUAAUUGCCCCUGCCUUAUCUCGUCAAACAAUAUCUUCAGUUAAAUUUCGAUUUAAAGCUUUCGUGACUGCAGGGAUUCCUCUUCUUGGU